CUCCCCCAACAUCUACAUCUACACCUGCUACCGCCCCAGACAUGACUACGGACCUCAUCACAUACCGUCUGGGCGCGAAAAAUUACUGCUACAUACCGCCUCCGAAAACCUAUGAGGAGGCCCUCAGUGCAGCGAAGACGAACUACAAGGAACUCAAGCACGUUGACGAGGACUGCAUUACCUUCUGCGUGAUUGCCACCGUCGCCGGUGUGAAGCAGCAUAUCCGAGUCAGCCCGGCUUCAUGGCCCAUCGUGGUCUCGAAGCUUCACCGUUACGAAGUCCUCGACAUCGUGCUUCAAUUUGACGAUGACGACACUAUCCCGGACAUCAUUGUGCACUCCGCGAAGGACGUGGAGAGUCUACCCACCUACGAGGACAUCCGGGAGAAGACCGGGAUGGAUGACUUCCUUGCUCCCUCUUGCCACUCGUCCCCGCAGGUGAAAUCGAUACCCCUCGAGACCAUCCGUGCCGUCCAGAGAUAUCCUCGACGAACGCCGUCCCCAGCACGGUCGUCUCACUCCAAGAGUUCCAGCCCCUCCUCAUCCUUGACGGACCUUGCCAAGAGCCUUUUCGGUAGAAGCCCCUCCCCGCAGUGAAUCGCUACGUGUGAACGUCGUGCUUCGUACCUCGACGCCAUGGACACAAGCUGCGCAUAACAUACCAUUCAUCUGUAUUGCUACUGUCCUCGCGCGAUUGUAUCACUAUACGCUACCGUUACCGGAGGCGCUCCAUCAUCGACUCUGUUUUGCGUUCAUGCCAAGAAACCUACUAACGCGCUAUGGCUUUCGUAUCACGAAAGGACCUAUACCUAAUGUACAUACAUAGUUU